AUGGAUGCACUGAGUGGUGGAGGAAUGAGUUUUGAUGGUAGGUUUCCAGUAUAUACAUGGAGUGGUGGAGGCAUGGGUUUUGAUGGUAGGCUUCCAGUGGAUGCAUGGAGUGGUGGAGGCAUGGGUUUUAAUGGCAGGCUUCCUCUUCAUGCGAUGCCCAGAAUGAGUUGUGAGACAAUUCCUCCCCCUCCGCAUGCUUCUAAAACUCUAAUUGUAUCUCUUACUUUCACAAAAUUGAACCCACCUUUUAUGCAUCGUGGUGGAGAUCCUUUUAUCCUUUGUUUUGUGGAUUUGACCAAUCCGGCCUAUGCAGCAAUGACUUUGAGUGCCUUGCAAGAUUGGAGUUGCAAUUUGUUUGUAAGAAUUGAGAAGCAAUCUCCAUUAUUAGCUUUUGUUGGGUAG